AUAUUUCAGGCCAAAUACCAGAAGCGCACAUAUCGUGACGACGUCUUAGUGGCCAGAAAUGCGGAUCAAGUGGAAGAAUAUUGUCGCUGCGUUUGCGGUCAUCUCAAGUGUUGUUAUAAUCUGUUCUCUCCGUUUCAGUUCAGUGGAGACGACUGUCCAUCCAAUUGCAGAGGCUUAACGAAAUCUAAUAAGUAUUUGAAAAGAGCCGGUUAUUACAGGGAUAAGGCCCGACAUAACCGUAUGGCGCAGAACAAGAAAAAGAUGACUCUUUUGCCUAAUGAGGACAACGACAAGAAUGACAUCAACAGCACCAACAACACCAACAAUGAUAACGAAGAGAAUGGCACUCAAAGUAGUGAUAAAAUUGAUGUUAAGACCGAAGAUUCUGUGAACUCUCAGUCGGCAGCGAACGAUGGGUCGAGCGAUGAGUCGACGAAUAACGACAACAUUCCGAUGGACGCGGAAGAGCUGCACAAACAGCAGCAGCAGAAAGAGCUCAACAAAAACGCCGCCAAAAAUCAAUUGUCAAAGAAGUCCAAGAAUUACAAAUCAAAAGCAAAGCGAAAGCGUUCUGUGAUUGAGGAG